GACUGUUGCCUCGAUCUCGAUCGCACAAGCACUCAAACCCUUGGCACCCUUUAUCCAUCGAUCGCCUCCGGUCUCCCCAUAUAUAAACACGCAAGGACGCUGGGACUCUUUCUCACCUAGCGAGCCCUAGUAUGUAGUAAGUAGUAGCUCCCUCCCCAGCUUUCCAUUUGAAUCCAACAAUUAAAGUAAAGAGAGUUUAUAAAAUUGAACCAUGAGGCUUCACCACUUCCAUGGUGUGGCUUAUUUUGACAAACCGGCCUCGCCGUCGCCGUCGUCGUCUCCGCCAUCCAUCUCAUCCUCGUCUCUCAGCUCAUCUGCUACUACCCCCUUGGGCGCCCUCCAUUGCUUGCGCCCGCUCGCGCCCAAGAUCUCGUUCCCUGAAGCGAGGAAGAUGGUCGUCCUGCCCGAGUUCGCUCGUGUCAGAAAUGCUGCGAGGCUGCUCCACUGCACGCUGCUGCAGGUGCCGGCGUCUGGCACGACGCGAUGGAACCCGUCGCCGGAUCAGAUAAAGGUGCUGGAGAUGCUGUACCGCGGCGGGAUGCGCACGCCCAACUCGUUCCAGAUCGAGCAGAUCACGGAGGAGCUCGGCAAGUACGGCCGGAUCGAGGGCAAGAACGUCUUCUACUGGUUCCAGAACCACAAGGCCCGCGAGCGGCAGAAGCAGAAGCGCGCCGCCCUCCUCACCCUCAGCACCACCACUACUUUAUCAUCUCUACCUGCAGCUGAAACCAAAGAUGGAUUGAGGAAGAAGGAGGAAGCGUCUUCUGAAGAUGCAUCGAGCCGCAAGCGGCGGAGGUGCAGGACCUGGGGUGACGUUCAUGGCGAUGUCACGACGACGACGGAGGUAGUAGCCGACUGCACCGACGAUGUGACCCUGGAACUCUUCCCGCUGCGUCCUCAGGGGAAAGCUAAUUAACAGUGUCUCCUUGCAAUAAUAUGCAUGCAUAGUCUCCCGGAUCGGGUUGCUGUUCAUCGUCGUCAAAAUUUAGUCGUUGCAUCCACGUGUGCUUUGUAUUGUAGUGUGGACAUGCUUGGAUUGCUUAGACCUGCGUGGGCUUCCUUGUCCCCGUGAGUGCUCAAAAAGUAACCAGUUACUACCCCAAUAGUACCUUUGAUUUGUUCAAACUACUGCAUGCUGCUGCUCGAGACAAGGAGACCAAUUAGGGUAGGUGAUGCUACUUCUAGUCUAGGGAAUGUAAUCCCAUUCUGCUAACAAAGAUCACCACAACACCACAAGUCA